UCCUACAAAACACAGCUGCUGCACUCGUGAGAAGAGAGAGAAAAUAGAAAAAGGUUGAACUUGAGCGGGAAUUCUGUGAAAGCUUUGCGAAAAUGGCGUCCGAGUUAACGGAUAAGGCUAAAAUGGAGCAACAAACUGAUGCUCAAACUGAAGUUGAUGAAGCUGUUACCAUCGAACUUCCCGCUCCUCAAGGCUGGACUAAGAAGUUCACUCCCAAAAAGGGUGGAACUGGAACACCUCCUCGAAGGAAUGAGAUUGUGUUUGUUGCACCAACUGGUGAAGAGAUCAAGAGUAAGAGACAAUUGGAACAAUAUUUGAAAUCAAAUCCUGGUGGUCCUUCUUCCUCAGAGUUUGACUGGGGCACCGGUGAUACUCCACGGCGUUCUGCUAGAUUAACUAGCAAACCAAAAUUAACAGAAACACCAGAAAGUGGUUCUCCCAGAAAAAAACAGAAGAAAUCAAGGUCAAAAAAGGAAGAUGAGAAGGAAGAGACUGACGGAGGUGACUCUGCAGAAGAUGAAGCACCUGACAGUAAGACAGAGGAUGAUAAGACUGAGGACGAGAAAGAUGUGGAGAUGGAAGAUGCAGAAGCCACAAGAAACACCACUGAAGAUGGGAAAACUGAGGAAGCUAGUUUAGAUGCUGGUUCAACUAUAACUUCUGCUGAAAUUUUCGAGGAGAAAGCUGAUGAAGCUAAAGAACAGAAAGAAGCUGAUGGGGUAGGUCUUCCUGAUGAAAACCAAGUGCAUCCAGGCAAAAGUAAAUCCGAAGAGGUUCUGGUGCAGGAAAGUUCUCAAGUAUUAGAAGAGAAAGAGAAAGAAGAGCAACCUGAGAAACUCGCUAAGAAAGAAGAGCAACCCGAGGAUGUCGAAUGGGAAAUUAUAGUAGAACCUGUUAAAAAGCAUCCAGAAAAUAAAUCUGAAGCAGUUGGUAAACCAAAUGAUGCUGAAUUGCCAGGAGAUACCAAUAAUUCAAUGGAAGAGAAGCAAUUGGAAAAUAAAGAGGAGCCUGUGGCGAAACCAAAUGAAGCUUUGGUUCAGCCUGAGAUCAACCAGUGAGUACUGAUAGUACACCACAUGAACCUGGUUCAGCUCAUCCAAUUAGUUGAGAUUCAUCCCUUCUUUUAGUGAAUGUUCGUGUAUUGCCUAACUUUUUUUUGGACAGUUUAGUUAGUGUUGUAGACUUCUAGACAGCAGUUUUAGAUCCAAUGUUGUAAUAGUAAGGUGUUGAUACAGCAGUUUGACGGCUUCAGGGAAGGCUGUAUUGCCUGCCGCAGAAUUGUCAUAAUUAGGCCCGCAGUCGACUUCUGACAUGAUCCGCUACAGAUGUAAUCUCUUUGUUGUGACGCCAUUUUAUUCAUGUCUCUUUUGAACACUUACCAUUAGAUUAGAUAAACUGUAAGCCAUACUUCAUUCUCAUGUGAUUAGAAAUUUCAAUGUAUUUCUCAGUCUA